GCGUCGAGCCGCUGCGGGAUCCGAUAAGGAGGCGACGCUCGGUGACAGCGCUCCCUCUCCGAGCUCCUGCAGAACCUCUGCUGGGUUUGGACCGGACCUCCAGCUGCAGGCCGCGCUGCAGCACAAAGGCGACACAGUUGGGUCAUUCGUCGUGCCGCCAUGAUGACGAUACGCCGGAGAGGCUGCAGUCCUCUCCUCUGCCUGUGGGCCUCCCUUUUGCCUCUGGUGUCCGGUCAGAUCCAUCACGAGCCCCGUUCAGAGGGUCGGCCCAAACUGCUGCUCGUGUCCUUCGACGGCUUCCGCUGGGACUACAUCGACCGCGUCCCAACGCCUAACUUCCGCAGCAUCAUGGACGAGGGAGUGAAGGUGGAGAACGUGGAGAACAUCUACAUCACCAAAACCCUUCCCAACCACUUGACUCUGGUGACGGGGCUGUACGCCGAGACCCACGGCAUCGUGGCCAACGAGAUGUACGACCCCGUCCUGAACCAGUCUUUCUCCAUGGAGACGGACAGCGUCUACGACUCCAGGUGGUGGGAGGGGGCUGUGCCGCUCUGGGUGUCGGUCCAGAAAGCUGGAGGCCGGAGUGGGGCGGCGAUGUGGCCAGGGUCAGACGUGAAGAUCCACGGCGUGUACCCCAGUCAGUACCUGGAGUACAACGCCUCAGUCUCCUUUGAAACCCGAGUGGAGAAGAUCAUUGAGUGGUUUUCCGCUCCCGAGGAGGAUGCCGUCGAUUUUGGGGUUCUGUACUGGGAGGAGCCGGAUGAGAGUGGGCACAGCUUGGGUCCUCAGAGUCCCUUGAUGGAUGCGGUCAUCGCAGGGAUUGAUGAGAAACUCGGCUUCCUUUUGAAUGAGCUCAAGAGGUCGGGGUUGUAUGAGAAAGUGAAUCUCAUAGUAACGAGUGACCAUGGGAUGGCACAACUGUACCCGGAGAAGAUCAUAGAACUGGACGAGUACGUGGAAAGAGAUACGUACAGCUUGGUGGACAAGAGUCCAGUGGUGGGAAUUCUGCCCAAAGAAGGGAAGCUUGAAGAGGUCUACAGUUUGCUUGCAGAUGCAAACCCCAACAUGAUGGCGUACAGGAAGGAGCACAUCCCCGAGCGCUUGCAUUACCGGCACAACGACCGGAUCAUGCCCAUCCUGCUGGAGGCCAAGGAGGGCUGGACCAUCAUGCAAAACAGGACAGAACGCUUCAUGAUGGGAAACCACGGCUAUGACAACACCUUACGCAACAUGCAGCCCAUUUUUGUGGCUCGUGGACCAGACUUCCAGCAGAACUAUGUCAAGACUUCAAUGCGUUCUGUUGACCUGUACCCUCUGAUGUGCCACAUUUUGUCCAUCCGCCCCCUGCCUAACAACGGGUCCCUCCUGAACGUCCAGGACCUUCUUUUGUCACAACCAACCACUUUGGCCCCUACUCCCGCCCACCCACCUGCUCCUCCAAAGCCCAGCAGGUACUCCUACGCCCCGGUGGUGGGCUCUUUCAUUGGUGUGCUAAUGGUGCUGGGAUUCCUGGUGGUCUACAUCAUACUAGUGACUCUAAAGCAACAGCCCGUGCUGAAACACAGGAGCUGGGAGAUGUCGCAGCCCUUACUGCAAGAAGACUUGCAACUGUAGUUGAGGAACCCAAAAGAAUGUCAUCCAAUCCAGAGGAGGUAUCACUCCCCAGGGUACUCAGUAUUUUCCAGAAGUUAUCCUUAAAUAUUUCCCUUAUCCCCCUCACAAGGAAGAGAACCUGCACCUGAUCAUGUAGCGACUAGCAUACAAGAGUAAGAGAAACAUUUAAGGAAUUUACCUCUGGUACAGACUUAAUUCAGAUAAAUCUUUCCGUGGGUUUUUAGUGGCUUUGCUUUGAUUGUGAAUUUCUCAACAUUUUCAUAGUCCGUAGGUGAAGAAUCAAUGGAAUUUAUCCUGUAAUUCUGGUAAGUGUGCAGCCUAUUUGGUGGCCAAAACUAUGGCUUGUAAAAAAUCAAAGGAUGAUUACGUCCAAAGCAAGCUUUGUUGCCAAAAGUGUGACUUUCCUUCUGGGCCAGUUCAUGUUUUCUAAGUAUCCGCAGGGGCCAUGUGAGGCCCUUUCAGGAAGCCUCCAUAUUGAGCUUGGAGAUGCCACUAAUGGGUUUGAACUUUUGAACUGGAAUUAACUUUCCUGUAAGCUCAAGUCAAAUGUUUUGGUUUUGACUUUACUGGUGUGGCAUCUCUUUCUGCUUAGAUUUGGAGCAGUCAGGCCACUGGCGUGAUCUCCAUGACGACUAUCAGACUUUAGGCAGUGCUGAAUUUACAAUGUAGCAUUAUUUCCUUGUCUUUAUGCAUCUCAAAAGGAAAACAUGUAGAAGUGACAUCAUUUUCUUCCAUAACCCUUCCUAGUUUGUUGGCACUGCGGUGGAUGUCAGUCUUUAAAGCCUUAGUCACAACUGCCCUUACAGGUGGAUAAGAUUUGGUAAUAUUGCACAGUGUUGGUCACGCAGGUGGCCCAGGGUAAAUAUCAAGAUUGUAGACCGCUCGUGUUCAUGCACAUUUGUUUUACAGGCAUCGACAGGCCAUCGUAAACAUUCAAGGGUUGAGGUAGGUGAGACACAGAUGUGUCACAGAUUUUUCAAUUCUUACAAAUCUCGCACAUUGCACAUGGGGCAUGAUAAGUGCAUGCUCCUAAUAGUGCAGUUUGACUAUUAGAAGUGAUGAACUUACUCUAUCAGAGUUUAGUUUGUGUUCGGACACUUAUAUAUCACCUGCACACCUGGUGAAUUCAGCUUUUACGAGUGGUCAAUAAGGGUCCAGUACUCUCACUUUUCUAAAGACUAGAGCAGAGAUAUACAACUCCAGGCCUCGAGGGCCACAUUCCUGCAUGUUUUCCAACAUCUCCUGCUCUGACAUGUCCUAAUUGGCUGGACACACCUGAACCAGAUAAUCAAUCAUGAGUAGGGCUAGGAUAUCUCAAGUGAGACCUAGUCUUGAGAGCUUGUCAGCUGAGAAAGAAAAAGCCUGGAGUAAGAUUCACAAAUUUUGCUUCCAACUGUGAGGACUUGCGCCACAUUUGACUAAUGUAUACAUACCUUUGGAGACACCUGCCCUUAAGAUGGUAUAUUGCGUGUACUUACAUAGCUCUUUACUAUCUUAGAAGACCCAAAGCACUUUGCAGUCUCUGUCUCAUUCACCCAUUCACACACAUUCACAAACUGAUAGUGGCUCCGCGGCCGAACUCUGGAGCCAGCCUAUAGCCACCAGGAGCAAUGUGGGUUUCAGUGACUCAUCCAAGGACACUUUGAGACAUUUGAGACCGCGGGCAGGGCAUGAUCAUCCGAUCUACCACUCUACCUUUGCAGCACAACCCUAUCAUGAUCAAAUACUCUCACCUUACUA